AUGAAAGCAGUAGGAAGGCAUUUUGCUUUACAAAAUGAAAGUAUGAAAAUUACAAAUACUUUACAUUAUUGUGCUGAUCAUCUUAAAAGUUGUUCUUAUUUUGCUACAAAACAUUUAUCUGAACAAAUACAAAAUAUUAUAAAUUUGGCUAUAUCUUCAACCUCAAAAAAACGUGUAGCAGUGUCUUAUGCAGAAGAAGAUGAUGAUGAUA